GCUGCCAACACUCUGUAAAAAUAAUUCAAUAAGUCAGGUGAUCGAGCCCUUGUGACAGUCUUUAUUUCAUAAAAUAUCCACAAAAACAGGCUAAUACCGCACAAAAAUGGCUCUACAAUCUGCAGUUAAAGGAAAAUUGAUCAGUGUGAUCGGAGAUGAGGACACAUGUGUCGGGUUCCUUUUGGGUGGUAUUGGUGAAAUCAACAAGAACAGACACCCCAAUUUCAUGGUUGUUGACAAGAACACCCCAGUAAGCGAAAUAGAGGACUGUUUCAAGCGGUUCGUGAAGCGCGAGGACAUCGACAUCAUCCUGAUCAACCAGAACGUGGCGGAGCUCAUCAGACACGUCAUCGACGCCCACACCGCGCCCGUGCCCGCUGUGCUCGAGAUCCCGUCCAAGGACCACCCCUAUGACGCCAGCAAGGACUCCAUCCUGCGUCGCGCUAAGGGCAUGUUCAACCCAGAGGACUUGUCGAUGUUUGGAUCCGACAACUACACCAAUUAGCAUUUAUCCCGUAACCUUAUUCAAGUACCUAAUUAUUAUUUUCAAAUUAUUUAUGUAAGUACCUAUGUACUUUAGAUAGAUUCCUAUUUACUUUAAUGUACCUUAAAUCUUUUAAAUAAAACAUUAAACGUUAA